UGAUGAAAUGAAAACAUUGUGAAUUGUUUUGAAGAAUCUUAAUAUUGCCGUAGUGUUAUGUUUAUGGUGAAAAAAGAAACCUUCGAGAAGAUAUUCCGCACAGAGUUUAGCAAAAUGUCGUUGUGCUGUGAUUUUUCAGGAGAAUACAAAGGAAAAUUAGAAUCGGUCAUUAAUGACAUUAAAAAUGGAGGUGUGAUUUGACGUUUUCCACGCAUAACUCUAUUGUGCCCUAAUGUAGUUUUCGUGAAAAGUUGCCUAAUCCUCACCAAAGAAAACCUCUGAGGCGGCGUAUUUUAAUGUAAGUUUUCUAGAUAUUACAUGCAAAAUUAGCUUGGUGUAGUUUUGUUUGACAUCGCUCGACAUUGAUUACGGGGCGUUACGAUUUAUCAGUAGACAAGCAAGUAAACACGUCAAUUAAUGUUCAUGUGUUUAUUUGGAAAAAGCGAAUAACACUUGAGAUGUUCGUAUUUACUUGAACUUAAGUCAAAAUGUUAUGGAAAUUUCUCAGUUAACAGGUGUGAUCCCUAUUAAGUUUUUUCAAACAGACCGUGGUUAUCUGUAAUUCCACGUUUUUAAAGCUCUGUAAUUGGAUGAUAAGUGUUAGGUAAUGCGUUGAUAAACUUCCGUCAUCUAGUUUGAGACGCAGUUGGGUUGCGUUUCGCAGCUGCGAAAUCCGUAGCUAUUUGUUCACUGUGGAAGAGGUUUCAAAGUCCUCGCGAAGUAUCUAUUGAUUGCAGAACCGUUCCUUACCAGAAGAGCUAUCAUUUUCAUCGUAAAAUGGAGCAACCCUUGAAAGAAGAGAAGUCAAAGAGCGAGUCGUGUGAUCAACCGAGUUCGUCAGCUCCCGACACAGGCAGCUCUGAGUUUCCUCGCGGCUCCGCAAAUCGUAAAGAAAGAAAACGCACUCUUACAAUGAACACAGCAUUUGCUGAGCUUCGGGAUCAUAUCCCAAACGUCCCCCCAGACACGAAGCUUUCGAAAAUCAAAACACUCAGGCUUGCCAUUAGCUACAUCAAGUUUCUGAUGGAAAUUCUCGAGGAGAGCAAUGAGGGGAAGACGAGCCGAAGUCAUCGCAACUUUGUAGCGGAUUUAUCGUUUCAAAAUGAGGGCCGAGAGAAGAGAAAAAGAGAAAAUAAUGUAAGUAAAAUUAUCUUUGUUUGGUAACUAACAUUUGCGUAGCCUACGAUAUGCAGUUCCCUUCGCAUGUUGGUGCUUUAUUCGAUGUUCUUUAUUCAACAGCUUGCCAGCCAAAAUGAUUCUACUCAGAGAAAGAGAGGUCGAACAGGAUGGCCGCAGUAUGUAUGGGCAAUGGAGCUGAGGAACUAA